UCACUCAGUCCAUCAGGAGAUCCAAGAGUUCCUGAAGUCAGAGAACAGAUCAGAGAAGAAACUCUCUGAGAUCCACUGCUCAGCUCUGGCCUACAUGCUGCAGAUGUCAGAGGAGGUUCUGGAUGAGCUGGACCUGAAGAAGUACAACACAUCAGACCAGGGACGACUGAGACUGAUUCCAGCUGUGAGGAACUGCAGAAAGGCUGUGCUUUCUCUCAAUUUGAUCUCAGCAGCUUACGUUGAGGUUGUGGCCUCAGCUCUGAAGUUCAACUCUUUUCUGAGAGAGCUGGACCUGCAUAUUAAAAACCUGAAAGAUUCAGGGAUGAAGGUUUUGUGUGCCGGACUGGAGAGUCCUUACUGUAGACUGGAGACUCUGAGAUUGAGUUGGUGCAGUUUGUCAAAGAUCAGCUGUGCUUCUCUGGCCUCAGCUCUGAAGUCCAACCCCUCCCAUCUGAGAAAGCUCGACCUGAACUACAACAAGCUGCAGGAUUCAGGAGUGAAGCUGCUAUGUGAUUUUCUGAAGAGUCCACACUGUAGACUGGAGACUCUGAGAUUGAGUUGGUGCAGUUUGUCAGAGAUCAGCUGUGCUUCUCUGGCCUCAGCUCUGAAGUCCAACCCCUCCCAUCUGACAGAACUGGAGCUGAGUCACAACAACCUGCAGGAUUCAGGGGUGAAGCUGCUGUGUGAUUUUCUGGAGAGUCCACACUGUAAACUGGAGACUCUAAGAUUGUCAAGCUGCAGUUUGUCAGAGAUCAGCUGUGCUUCUCUGGCCUCAGCUCUGAAGUCCAACCCCUCCCACCUGAGAGAGCUGGGCCUGAGUGGAAACAAGUUGCAGCUUUCAGAUGUGAAGCUGCUGUCUGAUCUUGUGGAGAGUCCACACUACAGUCUGAAGACUCCUGGAGGUAUUGAGAAAGGUAAAGGUGGUCGUGUCAAGUGA